CGCUAUUUAUACACACAAACGGUACCCGACCUCAGCGCAUGACGACACAUGCGCGCUACAAACCACUACCUGUUUCACAAAGCGACAUCGAUUGGGUUACAGAUUGUGUGAUAGAUAGGAGUUUAGUGAAGGUGUGUAUAGUUGUUCGAACAACAGUAACAUGAGCAGAAUAAUAACGACCUUGUAAAUAUAAGAUGUGCUACGGAAAUUAAGUUUCUAAAAAAUGUACACGAAGAAAGAUUUAAGGAAUUAUUUACAAGAAAUUAGUUCUGAAGCGCAAUUUGUGAUGUUCAAUUACGUGUCGUCAGAAAAGUUUUACAUAGAAUUGAAAUGUAAAGUCGAAAGGGACCAGACUGUAGAAUUUUACGACACUUACACGCGGGAAUGGAUCAAAAAGCUAUCAAAAUUUACCGCGACCACUUGGAUAGUUAGAAAUAGCUUUCCAAAGUUGAAAAGAUUAGUUUUUCGUAAAAUAUACACUUGUCAUCGAUCUAGUUUCAAUAAGAAAAAGAAACCGGAUUUCGAAUCGCGGAACCAAGAAUGUAAGGCGAGAGUUGACUUUAGAGUGAAGAUGAUAAACAGAAAUACUAUAAAAAAUGACAAGAUGUUGAAGGAAGGUCUGAAUUUGAGUAUUUUGAUAGACUUUAACCACACGCACAAAGUUCGAGCGCCGGAAUCUUAUAACUUGCUUCGAUAUAGUUCCGAAAUCGACGAUGUGUUCCAAAAGUAUUUUGACACCGGGUGUUCAGGGGCCGCGGCGAAAUCCUACCACGAGCUGACACUUAUUGACAAGUAUGGAGAACAUUGUCCGGAGGUUUUUGAGAAUGCUACGAUAAAUCCUUCUCUACGACAUAUUUCGUAUGUACUUGGGCGGAAAAGGAAGAAAGAUAAUAUAAGUACACCGAGUUACCGCGAAAUUAUGGAGCAGAAACGAGAUGGUUUAAAACAGUUUGGUGUAGAAAUCGGCUUAGAACCUGAUAUGGAUAUAAUCUCAAUAAUAACACCGUUGAUGAAAAGGGUGAUGAAAGAAUUCGGUCUAGAAUAUGUUUUAAUAGACAGCAAUAAUAUUCCUCAAGGACCAACGGCGACAUUCUUCUGUGUACCGACUAAAAUAGGUGCUUUGCCUGUAACAUGCGUUAUCCAUGACAAUACCAAUGACGGAUUCAUCCACAGCGUUUUAAUGGCAAAAAUGAGCAUAGAAUUGGAAACGGGAAGGGAUUUUACGCCGAAAUUGCUCAUGUUAAGCCAUUUUGAGGAGCAGAAUCGAUCGUUAUCAUCAGUGGAAUGUAAGAAGAUAGCUUCCAAGUGCUCCCUGUGUAUUGACGCAUGGCGUUGGUUAAAUGAGGACGAGAACAAAGUGGAAAAGAAGAAACGGCAUGGCGUCAUGCUUACUAUAAAGUCGCUUUUAUACGCUGCAAGUUCUGAAGAUGCCGAGAAAAUUUACGUAGAACUACAAGAGAACGAAACUGUAAAAUCUUCACCACAAUUACAUAAAUACUUGGAAAACUUGUGGGAAAGGAAAGAACAGUGGAUGUUUCAUGAAUACGAUAAUAUGAGUAAUACUUUAGUAGAGAUGUCAAUUAGGUUUUUGAAAGAGUUCGUACAGCGAACAUGCAAGUCUUUUCCAGCGCCUCUCAUGGUAGACGUUGUGUCGAAUAUUCUAGAAAAUCAUUAUAAAAGAAUAAUAAUGAGUUAUGUGAAGAACAGUAAAAGUGUUGCAACAUACACAAAAUUUCUGAAUAAAGCAAAGAUAGUGUUAGGUUUCGGUUCAGAAGUUCGUCGUAUAAGUACGAAUGAGUUUAGAAUUGAACUCCAACCGAGACCUAAAAAGUAUUUGUACUUUAGAACAGACACUAUGUGUUGCGACUGCGUAAACGGGAAGAGGGGAGAUUUCUGUGAACAUUUGAGCGCUAUUGUCAACACAGUUGACUGUGAAGUGAUGAAAUGUUCAAUUCUGACUGAGGAGGAUAAAACUUUAUUGACGAAAGUAGCUGGUGAUGACAUUCAAGAGGAGGUGAAGCCGGAAAUUUGCGAAGACAACAAGAACUUCGAAAUAUACGAUGAUAAAGACGAAAUAGAGAUACAGUCUGUAAACAACGAUGAUGUAGCAGACGACGAUCAUUUACAAUCAGUCGCUUCAUCUCCAAAAUCUGAAGGACGCGACGACUUCUACUCGUUGGAAGUGAAAACUGAAAAACCAGAUCGCUUUGAUCCUUUAGAAGAAGAGUCAGAUAACGUGGACCAAAUGGAAUUCGUCAUAACGGAGAAUAUUGCAGAACCGACAUCGUCGAGAUCUGAUACGAAAAGGAAGUAUGAAACAGCUUUGAGGGCAGUCAAUGAUGAGUUCAGAAGACUAAACAGGUUCUUCAGUGAGAAUCCAAAUGCCUCAAACUUGACAACUAUGACGCGGCUAGCGAGAGAACUUGGCAAGAUACGGCCAGUGGAGAAAGUCAAUUUAGAUAACUUAACAAUUCAAUUAAAUACAAAUAAAAAACGGAAGCGCAAUGAUUGUUGAUAGUAGUAAUGA